UGCUGAAUCGACCUGCCUCCACAACCAAGAUUCACGUUUGGACCCGCUCCACCAUGCGCAGAUCCACAAGGAAAAUGUUCCCCUUCGAACACGGCCAGAUACUGCAGGGCAGGAUAUCCUCUUAUACAAUUGCUGCUGCUCUUCGCAACCGUCAGGGAGGACCAUGGCUUGCUACUGGUCCAAAGCAAGAGAGAGUCACGGUGAAGGCUGCACCAGCAAAGCGCCUAGAAAACGAAGCCCGGAUGCUCCGACUAUUCCAAGGGUGUGACUCGAUCCGCCAGCUGGUCGAUAAGGUCGAGGAUCCACGAUCCUUGGUGCUCGAAUAUAUGGACGACACUGCAUUUAACUUGCUAAAGGCGAAGCGUCUUCCUAAGGCUGAGGCCAAGCGUGCCCUCAAAGCCACGGUUCAGGCACUUGUUGUACUACAUGAAAAGAACAUUGUACACACAGAUAUCAAACCAGAUAAUAUCCUUGUCAAAUAUAGCCCGGCUGGUACUCUAUAUAAACUUGGCGAUCUAGGAGACUGUUCUACGCCAGACGUACCCUCGAACGAUGGAGGGCAUUUAAUCGGUGCCGAACUCUUCUGUGCUCCAGAGGUGCUGCUUGGAAUCCCCUGGACAGUCAAGGCUGACAUCUGGGGCCUUGGUGCCACAGGAAUUACUCUUAUAACCGGCCGAUAUAUAUUCUUACCAAGAAAUGCCCCCCCUCCGGGCGAUCCGCGAUUAUCCUUAGCAGUCCUCCAAAUCCAAAAUGACUUCUAUGGGCCUAUUAGUAGGCAAGCGCUCCACGGCCUGGCGGAUGACUCGAUUCAGCCGUUGCUAGAACAGUUCGAAGUGAACUAUCGGCCAUUCCCUUUGUCAUCCGCCUCUGAUAUGAUCAAUCAAGAGGACCUCGAUUUCUUUGGCCACAUCAUGAAGAUCGACCCGAGACAGCGCCCAACUGCAAAAGAGAUUUUGGGACACCCAUGGUUCAAUGGUGUCUAGAGACCGAGAGCUUGCGUUAGGGUCUCGUAUCGAUCACGGACUGAUAUAUAUACUCAUCGUCGAGUUCAGCUCUAGUUAGAUCUACUGCAAGGCGUUUUCACUCCAAUAUAGCUCAAUGGCUUUCCAGCCUCUUUGAUGAACAAAGCUUGUUCUCCUUCGAACUUCAUCAGCCAAUCUGUCAAGGCGGGAUGCGCUAUAAACGAGCAUUCUUUUGUCCUAACUAUUAUCCAGCUCUAGUCAUGCGAAGCCCUCUACCUCGCGUAUUGCUCCAUAACCUAGUAGUGCCGAGACUCAAGGUAAUUACCCUCGGCAUCGAGGAGGACGGCAGUAUAGUGAUUGUCAUCUCCAUGCUCAGACUCGC